AUGUCAUCACAACGUUAUUCUGAAAGUCGAUCAUAUCAGGAAGAAUCCCGUAAUAGCGGUGGUAUUAAUACAAAUACACAUGGUUCACCAUAUGAUCAACGUGUAACUGUUCCUAUUCAACAUGCAGUAAAUAGUAUUGGUAAUAAUACCAGCGAACAACGUGUACAAGAACGUAUUCGUCAUAAUGAUACAACAGUACAAUGGGUUAAUGAUCCAGUAACUGGUAAAGAAAAAUUUCGUGUUAAUAUUAAUAUCGAGGGAUUUAGUCAAAAUGAAGUCAAUAUUCGUGUUGAUGGUAAAAAACUUCUUGUAUAUGGUGAACAUAUUGAAAAUCAUAAUGAUAGUACGCGCAAAAAAAUUAUUGAGAAGUCCUUUGAAUUACCUUCUGAUAUUGAUACAUACACCCCACAAACAACUUUUCCAACACCAAUAAAAAUGCAAGUAGAUUUUCCUUCACGUCAUUCAAAUGUAAUCAUUGAUGAUGGUCGUGCAUCUUCGAAACAUAUAUCUGAUUAUGAUGUAUCUCAUCGUUCAGCACCGAGAUUUACUCAACAAAAAAGUUCAACUGAAUUUACAUCGACAAGAAAAAUUGGUGGUGGUGGUAGUACUGGUAGUACUGGUUUUAGUAUUAGUGGUAAUACUGACGCUGGCGUUAGCGGUAGUAUUGGUCGUAGUAAUACUAACUAUCAACGAAGUUCAAGUAAAAUGAUUUUCUUUAAUUAUAUUAUUGUUGAUAGAAUAAUUGUUUCAGGUCCACCUUCUCAUUCUCCUUAUCAAUCAUUCGGUGGUAAUAGUAUGAGUCGUGAUAUUCGUGACAUCCGUGAUGUUUCUGAUACUCGUGAUAGUAGUGAUUAUUCAACAAAUACUUCUUUUUUUCGCGAACCAGUUAGAAUGCCAAGCCCACCGAGUCGUACUUUCGGUAGUUCUACAUCAGAUUUUGCAACAACAAAUGCUUGUCAUAUUCGCGAACCAGUUAGAAUGCCAAGCCCACCGAAUCGUACUUUUGGUAGUUCUAUAUCAGAUGCAUUCAAUACAACCAGCAACUCAACACAUACACAUCGUAUACCAGGUGUUGAUACUCUUUCAAGAACAACGUUUCCAGCAUCAUCAUUUCGUAGUGAGUAUGGUAAUGUAGAGGAAAAAACAUUUUCUGAAACACAUCAUGAAACUCGUCAUCGACGUUCAAGUCCAACAUCAGGUGUACAAUCAUCACAUGAAGUUGAACAUCAUCGUUCAGGCAGUCCAUCAAUAGUUAAAGAUAUUGAUACAGAACGUUUUCGAUCAGGUCUUAACCUUGGUAAUCGCAGUCGGACACCACCAUCAUCAUCGCGUAAUCUUGAAGUACGUGAAUUUUCGCGACGUGUGGGUGGUGGUACAAAUAAUCUUGCUACUGAUAAUGAUAGGUUUACUAGUAGUAAUGAACCCUCAAUAUUUGCUCAUGAUUUCAAUUCAGAUGCAUUUUAUCGAAGUGCUUUUCAACCACAAAUAUCUACCGAUGAUCGUGGUCAAAAACGUGUUGAUAUGAAACUUGAUGUAAACAAUUAUCAACCUAAUGAAAUAAAAGUAUCGGUUAAUGGUAAUGAUCUUAUUGUUCAAGCUGAACAUAGUGUUGAACGACCGCCAACAUCAUCAUCACGAGCAUAUUUUUAUAAACAACUUACAUUACCACCAAAUACAGAUUUAAAAAGCUUAGCAUCACAAUAUAAUCCCGAUGGAAAACUUCAUAUUACAGCAAAAUUAUCUCAAGAACAAUCUUCAAUUAGAUAUAAUUAA